AAUGAAGAUGAGAUUCCUGGGGAGGACCUGUCUUAUUGUCUUGAGUUUGCUUCCAGCUGUUUCUACACAAGGUGGAUGGCGUGUCGUUGGCUCUGAUCAGCCUGUCAUUGCUGAGCCUGGUGAUGAUGUCAUCCUGCCAUGUCACAUUUCACCCAGACUCAGUGCUGUGGACAUGGAAGUGAGGUGGUACAGGGAUGCAUUUGAAAAACCAGUCCAUUUAUAUAGUUUCAAAAUGAAUAUUCUGGGAACACAGGACAGUAAAUACCGGGGCCGCACUGCUCUCUCUCCCUCUGCACUGCAGACAGGCAAUCUCUCUCUGCAUCUGAGAAACCUCCAACCCUCUGAUAGAGGCGUCUAUACCUGCUUAGCUGAUGACGGAAGUCGGUAUGAAGGACAGACUGAAGUGAUAGUCGCAGCUCUGGGGACCCAGCCCUCAAUCUCUAUGGACUGUACACAAGGAGAGCAGACCCGGCUGGUGUGCAGAUCAGAGGGGUGGGACCCUGAACCUGAAGUGAUCUGGAGAGACAGGGAUGGAAACAAUGUGACAUCACUGUCCAACACAACAGUGCAGAGGGACAGUCAGGGGCUCCGCAGUGUCAGCAGCUACAUCAAAAUCAAACAGCAGUCCAACGUGUUCUCCUGUCUGGUUAGAAGUAAAACACCAAAACCAGACUGGGAAUCCAAACUUCACAUAUCCAGUGAUUUUUUCCCAGGAGUCUCUGGAUGGAUGGUGGCUUUCUUCUUGACUUUAGCUCUCAGUAUUGGAGCCAUUCCUCUGCUGGUGAUCCAAUGGAGAAGAAUGGAUGCCAUGGAGAGAAAGCUUGAGCCUAUGGCUGCUCAGCGCCUUGGUGAGGAACUUGAGUCUAUGAGACGGAUCCCUAAAUCAGAAUGGAAGUGGAUCCUCAGCUCAGCAGUUGACAGUUUGACUCUGGACCUCGAUACAGCACACCCCCGGCUCACCCUGCCUGUGGAUGGGAAACAAGUGAGAAGGAAAACGCAGGAUUAUAACAGUUCUCAGAGAUUUGAUUACAGGCGCUGUGUGCUGGGCAAGGAGGGCUUCACCUCAGGGAGACACUAUUGGGAGCUGGGGGUGGAGAAGAAUACAUUCUGGAGAUUAGGAGUCAGCAGAGAGUCUGCCCCAAGGAACGAGUUCAGCAUGACCUCCCAGCAGGGUUACUGGACUGUGGG